AUGGCAGUUUGGGAAGCUGCUUUCUUCACUACUCUCAACUGCCUGCCAAUGAUUAUUGGCUGUUGCGCUAAUUUCUUGGUGAUUGUGUCUUCUCUGCUGUUUAUAUCUGUUCGAGACAUCGAAGGAACCAACUUGUUCCUGGUCAGUUUAUCGGUGGCUGAUUUUCUGGUUUGUGCCGUUUACCAGCCGUUGUUGAUUAUUCGCUUCAAUCAGCCGGACCAAGCUCGGUCUUUCGUGUUGACCACUUGUUUAAUUGGUUAUAGUUUAGUGACGGUCUCGAUGAAUGGACUUUUAGCUGUGACUUUCGAUCGCUUUGUGGCCAUAUAUCUGCCGUUCAAGUACAUCACCUGGAUGAACAAGAAAAACGUUGCACUAUUGAUCUCAAUUUCAUGGCUGGUAGCAUUUGUAGCAGGGAAUUUAGCCUUGAGUGAAAUAUUUGGCGUCAAAGUUAUUUCUCAGCUCUACACCACCAUAAUAAUCAUGGCGGUUCCUACCCUUUAUGGCGUCAUUUAUAAGGAAGCAAGAAAGCAGGCUGAACACAUCGUUAAUCAUUCCAUGCUAGGUGCGAAAGAUUUUCGAAAGCGGCGCCAUCUGCAAGCAGACAGAACCACCAGAGGGGUUGGGUUGGUGUUGAUAACAACAAUGUCAUGUUGGCUUCCAGUAUUGUUGUUUCCAUUCUUUUCUGCAACCUUGAAAAGCGAUGAAGAUUUUCUCAGAGGAAAAUUGUGGUGUAUUACUGCCGCGUGCGUCAACUCAUGCAUCAACCUUUUCAUCUACUUUUACAAGUUCGCAAAAUUUCGGCGCAAUGUUAGAAAGUUGUUUAGGGAGAUUCAGAGAAAACUUGGUGACAGUUUUCUGCGAAACACCAACAAGCGUGGCAAUAGGAUCAGUCGGAAAGUCCAAGAUCGAAAUCAAAUAGGAACAUCUCGGCGAAUGGCUUGGCUGGUGAAUGAAAGCUAA